CCGCGGUUUGCUGGCUGUUUCCAUAGAGACGCGGAUGGCGGCUGGCUGACAACGUUAGCGACUUGAAGAGAAUCUGUCAAAGGGGCGCAAGAGAUGUCUUGCGAUGAUGAGGAGCAGCUGUCUGCUCUACUCAAGCAGUUUCUGAGAAGCAUCGACGAGCAACUCAGUAACGCUCCUUCGCCUCAAAGCGCCGAGGACAUUCUUCUUCACCUGGAGGAGACAGACAAGAACUUCCACAACUAUGAUUUUGUCAAAACCCUGCGUCAGCGCUUGGAGACUUCCCUGGGUUGCGUGGUGGACGAAGAGAUCAGAAAGCUGCCCCGUGACGAUGAACAACACGCUGUUGGCUCAGGUCACGACGUCCUCAUCCACGCGGCUGCCGGCCGCAGCCGAGCGUCGCCGCAGUACCAAAACAUGACGCAGAGCUUGAGAGCCACCAUGACUGCGGGCGUGGACGGCUUAGUCAGAAGAUUUGACGAGGACCAGCUAAGGAAGGAGGAGGAGAUGCAACACGGUCGCUACUCCGACGAAUGCUCCGACAGCGGCGACUCCUUCAAUCAGUGUUACACCUUCAUUCAGCAGGAGCAGCUGCAGGCUUUGGCUGAGAAAUUGGAGUCGGGUCAACCCAAAGAGGUCCGCAGGGAGGCCCUGCAGGUGCUUCGUUGCGCGCCGCCAUCCGAUGUGCUGAGCUGCGACGGCUGGGCCCGCCUACGCCGGAACCUGUGUGCCGCACUGAGCGAGCCCGACGCUGAGCUCAGCGAUCACAUUCUUCAGUUCUUCGCUAAGAGCUUCUCCUCGUCGCCCCUGAACGUCACCCGGGAGAUUUACACCAGCCUCGCCAAGAGCACAGAGUACACUUUUUUGUCUCUCAAGUUGUGCUUUCCAAGCGGUGCGGCCAGCUUGGACAUCAGCACACCCCAAAUCGGCACUCUCCUCAAGCAGAUGCGUCUGAUGAACGACUUUCAAAAGGAGGUGACCGCUUUCUGGAUCCGCCACCCGGAAAAGUACAUGGAAGAAAUCAUCGAGAGCACCUUCUCCCUGCUGUCCCUCGGUGGUGACUCGACGGAAAAAGUCUUGGAGCCUUCUCACCUGCUGGCACUGCUGGACGUCCGUGCUACUUGGUUCACAAAAUGGAUGCACGGCUCCUACAGCCGGACGGUGGUUCUCCGUCUCCUACAGAGCAAACACAAGUGUCUGAUGGAAGCCGCUGUGCAGCAGUGCGUCCUUUACCAGGAAUGCUGCCAGCGUUCUACACACUUUCACCCUGAGGAGCGGCAGAGCUCAGGUUCAGACGUGGGCGGCGUCUAUAGCGGCAAGGAGCUGCAGUACGCCGUGGUCGUUCAUUCACUGUGCGUCUUGGGCAAAAUCCUCCUCCACGCCAACGGGAGGAAGCUCUUUCCCAUCAAAGUGGCUGCGCGGGAAGAUCCAGUCAGUGUGACAGACUUGGUGGUGGUUCUCAUAAACAUCAUGCUCCAACAUCCGCAGCCGUUUUGCAACGACAGCCAACACGCAGAUGCGCUGUGCCCGAGCGGCCUGGUGAUGGCGACGCUGACCGCCAUGUGUGAGAGGACCGAGUGCGCUGACCGGUGUCUCCACCAGACGCCGGUCAUUCAGACUCUCAUGGCACCCGUCAUCCAGGCGCUCAAUGGAGGCCAGAGCAAAUUCAAGUGUCCCGCAGCCACCCUGCCUCAGGUGGCGGACGUCCUGGCACGGAUGGUUAACACAGACCGAGGGUUAGCUCUUUUCUUGUAUGACAAGAAUCUGCUUGUGGGCCACAGUGAGAGAAGCACGACCGCUCACGCGCUGCUUCGCUUCACCCUGACGCUGCUGGAACGGGAGCUCUCAGCGUCGGGCCAGGACGAGGCCCACUCGCUUCGUGCUCUGUGCGGGGCCUUCGUCUUUCUGUGCGGGCGGAUGUGCAACUCUUGCGAGGGCCUGCAGGUCCUGCGAGCGUACGGCCUGCACAAAGCAGCCGCCGCCGCCUGGAGAAAGAGCAGUUCCUUGUCUGAAAGGAUUCCGAGCCCAGUGCCUGGAAAGAACCCUGCAACAUCCACGCAGGCAUUGCAGCACAUGCUGAUGUGGGAGGAGACAUUGCUGGAGAGCCUGCUAAACUUUGCGGCCACCCCCAAGGGCGUGCUGCUGCUUCAGCAGAGCGGCGCCAUGCAGGAGUGCGUCUCCUACAUGUUCUCUCGCUUUAGCAAAAAAUUGCAGGUGAGCCGUUGUGAGAAGUUUGGUUAUGGUGUCAUAGUAACCCAGUUGGCGGCCACGGCGGCGGGCGCGAUGGCUCUGCAGCGCUCAGGCUUUGUGCGGGCCCUGGUUCUAGAUCUGUGGUCGGCGUUGGAGUGCAGCAGCGAGGAUCCCAGGGCUGUCCGACCCAAACCCACGCCCAUGGAACCCAUCGACAGGAGCUGCCUCAAGUCCUUCCUGUCGCUGGUCAACUUGCUGUCGUCCUCUCAGUCCGUGUGGCAGCUGCUUUCUGGGCAACCUUUGGCCAACAAGAGUGGAUACACACUGAGGGAAGUGCCAAGCUCGGUGCCUGACUUGAUUGACAGGCUGAUUGCUGUGAAUUCCGCCGCCAAGAUCCGUUCCCUUUUCCUCUACGAGCAGUCGCACACGUUCGGCCUGAGAUUACUGAGUGCGCUGUGCUCGAGUCUGGACUCCUUUCUGCUUCUCGAGAGCCAGUACAAUAUGUGCAACGUGUUGCUGCAAGGCCAGAGGGACAACGUGAUGGAGCAGGACGGCGGCAACAGGAGCUUCAUCUUGGACAACAUAUCGGUGGAGCGGAACCACGUGCUGGUUCGCGUCGCCCUCGUCGGAGGCCCAUCCGAGCGGAGACUCCCCCCGCGGGCAUUGCGGCAGGGAGAUGCUCCGUAUCCCUGGCCCAUGUUUUCAUCAUUCCCUCCGCCCACCUGCUACACUUUAGACCCACCGAGAAGCCAACAGAACCCGCUGGAACCCGAGAUGAUGGACUUCCUGACGUCAACUCAAGACGGCUGGAUGGAGACGUGCCGCCGGCUCUACCGCAAAGUCGUGACGGCCGGCCACUUGAGCGCCACAGUGCUGGCUGACCUUCUGGAGAAGGUUGUGUUCCAUCUGUCCAAAUGUUCCACGGAGCGCUUCUUCUCCCCGCCCGAGUACAACAAAGAGCUGGAGAUGAGCGCGGACACGGUGGCGCUGUCUCCUGUGGAAAUGCUCGGCAUGGACGUCUGCCUUAGAUACGGCCUUGCCCUCAAACUGCUCAGCCAAGAAGAGGCGGCGGGCCACCUGAUGCUCCUCAUGAAGCACAUCAAGAACUUCCUUUCCCGGCGAAGGGUUCCAAUGUCCUCUCCACUGCAAUAUCCCGGCCACGAUUGGUUGACGUCGACGGUAUUCCUGAUGCUGUCUGGAGACUGGGGGCGCUCUCUGAGGGUGUUGCGCAAUCUUUCCUCUCUGCUCACUUCUGCCGUCAUUUGGCCAGCCAGCGUACACAUGUCGGUGGACCUUCCGCCGCGAGUGGCCGAGUCGGGAAUGGCGCCGCUAUAUUGGUGCUCGGCUCACUACGUGGAGAUGCUGCUGAAGGAGCAACUUCCGCUGGUGCACGCCGCCUUCAGGAUGUCGGCUUUCACUCCUUCACAGAUAUGCAUCCACUGGUUGACUCAGUGCUUCUGGAACUUUCUGGAUUGGCCUGAGAUCUGUCACUACGUGUGUAUAUGCGUACUGAUGGGAGCCGACUACCAGGUGUACGCCUGCAUGGCCGUCCUCAAGCAUCUGCAGCCGCUUCUGCUUCAGCAGACGCAAGCUCGCAACAUGCAGGUUUUCCUCAAGGAGGAACCCAUCCAGGGCUUCAGGUUCUGUGACUACCUCGAUUUCAUGGAGCUCCUUGAAAGACGCUACCGGAACUUUGUGCUUGGCGACAUGAAAAGCAUCCGCAACUCAGACCUGUAAAUGCGGAAUGCAUAAUGCUAACGCGUGUAGCAUUUAGCUCAACAUGUCUGCUGUACCUACAAGCCCCUGCCAUCUCUUGCGGAGACGGCAUUCUUUAACCUUCGCAUCAUUUCCAAGAACCCUAAAGGUAGUGUUGUACUUUUUGAAUGUCACCCUUGCAUUCGCGUCACAUUAAUCCCGGCCCACGUAAGACAUGACAGCCGCUCGUAAUGAAAAAUGCAUGAGGGCGCUUGCAUCACGCCAGUAAAGCCUCAUCAGUAAGCAUGCCGUCCCCUCAGCCAGAUGAUGUCUCUCAUGCCCAAAACAGCCAGGCAGGAAUCCCAAAUGAGCUGGCCGCGUCGCAGCACUACUUCUACCGUGAUGAAUGAUCGCAGGGAGGGAAAAAAUCGGUCUCGUACUAUAAUUGUUUUUAGCAUGUAUUGUAUUAAGUCUGCAACAGCAGGGGCCCCAAAGUUGAACCCUGUGGAACACCACACGACAAAUUACAUCUCCAUCAGACCAUUGUGGUGAUAAAACAAAAAAGCCUGAGGCAACAGUGUUGUCACUCAGCAUUGAAAUUGUCAAUUCAAAGUCUCAAAAUUAAGCAAAGAUGUUUUUAUUUGUUCAUUCGCAUUUGUUUUGUUGCUGAACAAUUUGCUGCGAAUAAGAUGCACCCGCUGUGGUUUAUUUGAACACUAAUAUAUGCAUGCUGGAACCCUCUCCAAGAAAAACAAAACCUGCCAGCAGUGACAAAUAGUUUUGCGCAUUAGUCCGGACAAUACUGAGAGGGCUGUAAUCAUCUGUUGUUGAAAAAUCAAACUGGAGAAUGAAAUGACAUUUCGAAUAAUCCUUUUAAAAGACGACACUCAUUAGAUGUUUAGGGAAAAAAAAGCCAGAGAGGACCACCCACAUUCUCAAGGCGUCACUCAGCAUCGCAGUGAGUGUCAACGUUCAAACACUUCCCGAGGUCUCCUCCAGGUUCAUCCGCUGACGUUUUCGAGCAGGCUGCGGAAGGCGAGCCAGGUGACAUCCGACCCCUCCCCUAUUUUUUUUUUCACACUUUCCCGACACUUUUUGUCACCAGCUGACGCACAGCGGGGGGACGGAUAACCUUUGUGAGACGAGGAACGCUAUUAUGAGGGCAGACAGUCUUGUGUGUGUCACUGACAUGGCUGACAGUGUGACUGGGUGCACUUUAUAAAGUGAGCCAGUCGCACCGAGUCCAUCCCAUGUUGCAAAGCCGUUUGAUAUUCCGAAGACCGCACACACAAUUUAGCAUCUUAAGUCCACAAAUGGCAUUUUAUAGCAUUAGCAUUCCAAAGACCACAGACAACAUUUUAGCAUUAGCAUGUCAACUUCAUCGUCAGUUUAUUUUUAUUUUGAUGUUAGCAUUCAAGAGUCCACAGGAUUGUGCAAAUACUAUUUUUCUGCAUUAGCAUUCUAGAUGCUGGUGUUUUUUUUUAGCAUUCUGAAUCGAAUCGACGUUGAAAUUGAAACAGUUGACUUCAUGAAAUGUUGACAUGCAUAUGCUAGCACACACUUAUUAGUCAGAAACAGCUGUUUGCCAUGGACACAUUUGUUUUACUAUUACCAACACAUGUUCACCAUCAACAAUUGUAUGCUUCUGGUCUUUAAAAAUCUUUAUUUGAUCACAGUGACAGUUAUUUAUACCACCGGCUUGCGCUGCUUUUUUAGUUUGACAUAGAGCGACGCGUUAAUCCCUAUUAGUGUCCAAAAGCUCGUUAGCAGCGGCGGGUGGGCCUCUUCGACCUCGAUAAAGUUUACACUUUAGUGAUGAUGGCGCUUAAUGGCGUGAUUUUGUUUUAUUAAGCGUUGUGCUGUUGUUGUUAAUGACGACCCAUUUCAAGGCAACCGCGGCCCAGUAAUUCUUGCUAAUUAGCGUGACGAGGCGGCCGUGAGGUUUUGGUGUGAAGUCGGAGAAGCUCUUCUCUUUAAACCUUUUUGUAUCCUGCACACGCUUGCAAUGGAAAGAAACAACAGAGCGCUUGCUACUUGCACUUGUGUGGAGAUAACGUUGUGUAACAGUUGUGUACUUUUAGUUUGAAUUGUGUAAGGUUAUCAGUUGUAUGUCUCUGGUCAACACUUUACAGGAUCAUUGUGUCUGCUGCUCUGUACAGUUAAGGAAUAAAUGACCAACACAAAUCAUCA